UCCUGAACAUGUAUCUACCUAAAAAAUCAAGUUAAAUAACUUAGGGGAGGGCACACUAACUUAUAACAAUAUCAACCACAUGUUGCCUUUAUUUAUCAAGUUUGUUAGAAUUGUGACACGUUAAGAAAGUGGGAUAAGACUUCGUAGUAUUUUCAAAACUCAAAAGGACAUUUUUUUUUGGGAUUUCUAAUAACGACCUAUGGAUCAAAAAUAUUGUACAAAAGAGAUGGAUCAAUUAAUAACAUCGUCUCUGAAAAACCGCAGACAACGUUCUCUUGGACUGCGUCUUUUAAUAUGUUACCUUAAGAAUAGUAACAUUAAAUUAGAGAAAAAUGUACAAACUUGGAUGAGUUUAUUAAUUCAAUCAUGCAAAUCACCUCAGUUACGUUCAUAUGGUGAUUUGAUAUUUUCAGCCAUGGCACUCUUAAUUGACAGGUUGCAGAACGACGGUAAUAUGUCAAAAGCAUUCGCAUCUGCAUAUUUAUAUAAAGUUAUUGAAUGCUUAUCCCACAACGAAAUAUAUAAACACAUACGUCAAACUAUUGCUGCCCUACACACUAUUAAGAAAUGUCUCAAAUAUUACCCAAAAGGAAUAAAAAAUAAAUCAUCAACUAUUAAAAAUAUAUUAUUACUAUUAAUAGACAACCAAAACAAUGAUGUUGUUUAUCAAUCAGGUGAAUGUUGGCUUUUGUUACACAAGAUUCACGGUACUUCCGAUAAGGAACAUGUUGGUAAUAUAACUGAAUGGAAAGAUUUCCAAUUAUUUUUACUUAGUAAUAUACAAUAUAUUAUAAAUAGAACAAUAGUCAUGUCUGAGGAAUCAGGUGACAGUCCUUCUAUACCAAAUAAUUUUGAGGCUUUCACUUUUGUAGCUGUAAAAGAUCCUUUUAAAAGGGCUUCACAAGGUUUUCGACGAAUUUUUAACCUUAUUGAAUAUCUAAAAAUAGCAAUAAGAAAACAAUUUGUUUUUAAAAAGUAUAUUUGCACACAUCAAAUCUUGGCUUUAAUACAAAAUGGACUGAGUGCUCAUGUAAACCAACAACACAACUUAAGAAUUGAUCAUGCAUAUAUUGAGACAUUUUUGCCGCAAAUGCAUAUCAAAUUAUUGGAGCUUUUGGAAGUUGUCAUUGAAACAUGUUAUACCCACCUCAGGAUGGACUUUCGGCUUGUUCUAAAUAUUUUAUUGGAUGCUCUCGAAAAAAAAAAGAAAUCGAUGUUACUAGAAGCAAAUUCAAAGGAAGUUUUGAAUAUGCGUGUAGUUGUAUAUAGAGUUAUAUCCUUAUGGUGCUCUACUCUACAAGAAGGAAGCCAUUGCGAAAUUAUUGAGGAUACUCUUGUCAAAGAAUUGUUGGAUGAUAUAUUAACCCAAAUCCCAACUUCAACUAUAAGUGAAAGCGAACCAAACUUGAAACGAUCACCUGAAAAUCUAUUUUCGAUGCUGAAAUUUUCAUUAAGUAAUGAAGACUAUAAUGUGCUCCGUCAGCAAGCACACUCUUGCCUACAAAUGUUGUUGUUAUCGUCUGGUUUUUUGAUAAAACAACAACUUUUAAAGGAGGUGCACAACACCUUAUUGGGAAUUUGUGUUCAAAUGCAUUCUCAUCCUACCAAAGAACCACACAUGUGGAAUAUUUGGAACGGGCGCCUGGAAGUUUACAAGACUUUCACAAUUUUAUUAAAAUUGCGAAACUAUGGAUGUCCUACGCCUUCUGAAAUUAUUAUGACUCUUUUACACGAAUCCCGAUUAUUUAAUGAUAACAUGCAACUUAAGCAAAAUAAUAGUUUAAACUUCUUGGAACUAAUGCUUCAUCCUCAAAAGGCGGAUAUUCACUUUAAAAGUGUUGACAAUUUUAAAAAUAUAACUUUAAGGCACGCGAACAUUUCGGAUACGGAAAAUAUCGACUUUUCAACAAAUCAAUCGAAAAAUGGACACCAUUUGUUAGAAUCUUUCAAUAGUGCCGAAGACUCAUUUUAUAAUAAAGAAAGUCCACUGAUAACGACUUCUAAAACAAUUGAAAAUAAUGAAGAUGACCAAAAAGACACUGGGUAUGAUAAUUCGUUGAGUAAAGAGAAACCUUUUGAAGUAGUUUGCAAAAAUCACUUAAAAGAUUUAAUUGCUGAGGACAAAACAAAAAAUAUUCAAGAAAUAUCAGAUAACCCUUUGCUCUUAUCAAAAAACAACAGUUUGGAGAGUUUAGAAGAACAUCCUCAAGGAAUUAUAAAUGACAUUAAUCUGAACUCUGAUUUAAAUUCAUUCAGUUUCAGUGCUAAAAAAUCUGUAGAAAUGUUUUCUUCGAACUUGGACAAAUUAAAUGAUGCUAAAAUGAUAGCCGACUUGGAAGCAAAAUUCGUUGGUGAACUUAUCUAAAAAUAAAGAUUAGUUUUGUACACUUA